AUGGCUUCACCCUCGCUGACGGGCGUCGUCGUCUUCGCUUUCGUGGCGUAUUGGUUUGGCCUGGUGCUUUACCGGUUGUCUUUCCACCCUCUGGCCAAGUUCCCGGGGCCGCGCCUGGCCGCCGUCACGUCCUGGUAUGAGGCCUACUACGAGAUCGUAAAGAACGGACAAUACUCGAAGAAGAUAUCGCAGUUACACGACCAGUAUGGUGUGUGCGCCUUCAAUUGCAACAUCUCGCGUGGGAGAUGGCUGACAACUGUCUCAGGGCCCAUUAUUCGUGUCACACCGCAUGAGAUCCACAUUAGGGACUCGCGCUUCUUCGACCAUGUGUACCCCAAGAACGUUCACCUCCUCAAAGAAGGAUGGGACAAGCGCUUCGGCAGCGAGGGUGGCUUGCUCCCAACACCUGACGCCCAAGUCCAUAAACGGCGCCGUGCAGCCCUGAGUUCCAUGUUCUCUCGGAGGUCCAUCAUUGAAUUUGUUCAUAUCAUCCAUCGCCAUGUCGAGACGUUUUCGACACGCAUGCGGGAGUUUGAGGGUCGCAAAGAGCCCUUGAACCUCACGCAUGCCUUCCCAGCGUUGACCGGAGACAUAAUCAUGGAUUAUUUCUUCGGCUUCAACUAUGGCCAGCUCAAGGACCCGGAAUUUGCAUCGUUCCAUGAGGCCUUCAUCAAGAUCGGAGGCACUGGCCAUGUUGCGACGCAAUUCCCCGCAAUCUUUCCGAUCAUGAACUCGAUGCCAGACUUCAUAACCGAGUGGCUGCAACCUGCUGCAAAGCCGCUGUUGAAGUUCAAGCGUGACCAAAGGGAUGUAAUUGCACGUUAUCUGAAGGGUGAGGAUGUCAAGGUCAACGAUGCGAACAAGACCAUCUUCCAGGAAAUCCUGGGCUCCAAGCUCCCACCGGAGGAUAAGACGCAACAACGCCUCGAAGAUGAAGCCCAGAUCGUUGUUGGAGGUGGUGUCGAGACGACCGCUUUCGCCCUCGCUAUUGCUGCCUUCCACAUUAUCAACAAGCCUGAAGUUUAUGAGCGACUUCACGCCGAUCUUGUCAAAGCUAUCCCAAAUCGCGCCACCCUGGAGCUUCAGCCGCUUGAGCAGAUGCCCUACCUGAAGGCUUGCAUCAUGGAGGCCGUACGCAUGGGCUAUGGUCUGAGCGCGCGCAAUCCGAGGACGCACGACAAACCGAUUCGAUACAAGGAGUGGGUCAUUCCUGCCAACACGUGCGUUUCCAUGAGCAUCCCAGACCUGAGCCACGACGAGGAGAUCUUCCCUCAAUCGCGCGAGUUCAUUCCUGAACGUUGGUUGGGCGACCCGAAGACGGAUGACGGCAUUCCGCUGGAUAGGUUCAUGGUCUCAUUCGGCCGUGGAACACGGUCUUGCUUGGGCAUUACGCUGGCGUGGACGGAGCUUUACCUUACUCUAGGCAUGAUGUUCCGCCGCUUCAAGUUUGAGCUCUUCGAAGCCGAUGUUACGGACGUCGAGAUGGCUCACGAUUUCUUCAUCCCCGUUACUAGUCUGAAUUCGAAGGGCGUGAGAGUGUUCGUCACCUCGACGACCGAUUAG